UAAUUAACCUUUUACUAUUCCCACACACAACAACACAAAGCAAACAAAAAAAAACAAAAACUCUCUUUCUUUAGAUUCAUUAGCAAAUCCUCUCUAAGAGUUUUUUUUUUUCCGCAACUUCGAAGAAGAAAGAGAACGAUGGCUCGUACAAAGCAAACCGCUAGGAAAUCCACCGGAGGUAAAGCUCCCAGGAAACAGCUUGCCACCAAGGCGGCGAGGAAAUCAGCGCCAACCACCGGAGGAGUCAAGAAGCCACACCGUUACCGUCCAGGAACCGUGGCUCUUCGUGAGAUUCGUAAGUACCAGAAGAGUACUGAAUUGUUGAUCCGCAAGCUUCCCUUCCAGCGUCUUGUUCGUGAGAUUGCUCAGGACUUCAAGACGGAUCUGAGGUUCCAGAGUCACGCUGUGUUAGCUCUUCAGGAGGCGGCUGAGGCAUACCUAGUUGGUUUGUUUGAAGAUACCAAUCUCUGCGCAAUUCACGCUAAAAGGGUUACAAUCAUGCCUAAGGACAUUCAACUUGCUAGGAGAAUUCGUGGAGAGCGUGCUUAAGAGUUUCUUCAGUUUUUUUUUAGAGAUUACGAAUGAUGAUGGAUGAUGUUUUAGGAUAAUGUUUGGAUUCUUUUUUUUUUUACUUUUGCUUUCUGUAAUUUCCAUUACUAAGUGUUGAUCGUUGAACAGCUUUCUUUAUUCAUAACAAUGAUAAAAAGUCUUUUCCUUAUUUUUUUUAA